GUAUUACUUUAAUAAGAAGGCCCAGUAGUCUUCUUCCCCAAUCCCGGCUGCCGCUGCAACUGUCGGAGAAUAUCGUGGGCAGCAGGAAACAAAUCUUUCCCCCCACUGACUCCAGCAUAACCUAGACGCCGUUGCUUUCUUCUUCAUCUCUGUUCUUCUCAACAGAUCUGGAAUUCGGCCAAGAAGAACGAUAUCAUUUUGAGCAAAUUGUUCUGAGAAUUGCAUCUCAAAUCCUUCGGAUAUGGCUGUUGAGAAACUAUUUAAAGAUGAAGCUACUGAAGAAAAGGGUGACCGAGCUAGAAUGGCUUCCUUUGUUGGAGCUAUGGCAAUAGCUGACCUAGUCAAGACAACUUUGGGUCCUAAAGGAAUGGACAAGAUUUUACAAUCAACAGGCAGGGGAAGAAGUGUCACUGUUACCAAUGAUGGUGCAACCAUCUUGAAGUCCCUGCACAUUGACAACCCUGCUGCAAAAGUGCUUGUUGACAUUUCAAAAGUCCAGGAUGAUGAAGUUGGUGAUGGGACUACUUCUGUUGUUGUUUUGGCUGGGGAACUUCUUCGGGAGGCAGAAAAGUUGGUGAAUGCAAAGAUUCACCCAAUGACAAUCAUCUCAGGUUUUCGUAUGGCUGCUGAGUGUGCUCGUAAUGCGUUGUUGGAGAAGGUUGUUGACAAUAAACAAGAUGCAGAGAAAUUCAAAUCUGAUUUAAUGAAGAUUGCAAUGACUACUUUAAGUUCCAAAAUCUUGUCUCAGGACAAGGAACAUUUUGCAAAACUAGCCGUUGAUGCUGUCAUGAGGCUAAAGGGCAGUACAAACCUGGAGGCUAUCCAAAUUAUAAAGAAGCCUGGAGGCUCUUUGACAGAUUCUUUCCUGGAUGAGGGGUUCAUUUUGGACAAAAAAAUUGGUAUUGGGCAACCCAAGAGAAUUGAGAACGCAAAGAUUUUGGUGGCCAAUACCGCAAUGGAUACAGAUAAAGUGAAAAUCUAUGGGGCACGUGUUCGUGUUGAUUCAAUGUCCAAAGUUGCGGAGAUUGAGGGUGCAGAAAAAGAUAAGAUGAGGGAGAAAGUGCAGAAAAUUAUAAGCCACGGGAUAAAUUGUUUUGUAAACCGCCAGCUGAUCUACAAUUUCCCUGAGGAAUUAUUUGCUGAUGCUGGAGUACUUGCAAUUGAACAUGCUGAUUUUGAUGGAAUUGAGCGGCUAGCUCUUGUAACUGGUGGGGAGAUUGCAUCAACCUUUGACAAUCCUGAGUCUGUUAAGCUUGGACGAUGCAAACUUAUUGAAGAAAUUAUGAUUGGUGAGGACAAAUUAAUCCACUUCUCUGGUUGUGAAAUGGGACAAGCCUGUACAAUUGUGCUUAGGGGUGCAAGCUCUCAUGUGCUGGAUGAAGCUGAUCGAUCCCUUCACGAUGCCUUGUGUGUUCUAUCUCAGACAGUGAAUGACAGCAGAGUGUUGCUUGGAGGUGGAUGGCCAGAGAUGGUGAUGGCCAAGGCAGUAGAUGAACUGGCCAGGAAGACCCCUGGCAAAAAAUCGCAUGCCAUUGAAGCUUUCUCUCGAGCAUUGUUGGCCAUCCCAACUAUAAUUGCUGAUAAUGCUGGUCUUGACAGUGCUGAAUUGGUUUCUCAACUCCGCGCGGAACACCACGAGGAGGGAAGUACUGCAGGCAUUGAUGUCAUAUCUGGAUCUGUUGGAGAUAUGGCAGAGCUGGGAAUUUCUGAAGCAUUUAAAGUAAAGCAAGCUGUAUUGCUCUCCGCAACCGAGGCUGCAGAGAUGAUUUUGAGAGUUGACGAAAUCAUUACUUGCGCCCCACGAAGGAGGGAAGACAGGAUGUAAGAACCAGAGCUGAUUCCCAAGUUGAAGGGUCGUGCUGAUUUUCACCAGCAUACUUUCACAAGGAAAAAGAUCUGGUCCGACUAUGUUUGUGAACUUAGAUAAUUUCUGAAUCAAUUCUGCUGCUGUGUGUUAGUUGCUAGAUAGAGAAGAUUUUAGUAGUCUAACUACUGAGUUUAAGAAGUGUGUAUUUGGAAUUCCGAAAAAUAUUUGGCUACUUUUACGCUAUCCGUUCGGUUUUGGGUGCUUCCUUUUGGGAAGAGUAACGAAUUACAGAUAUUAGUAGUAGUAGUUUAUAAUCUGGAUAUUAUUCAGGUUUUACGUGGUUUUGUUCCGGAUACAGUACUCUUUAGUUUUAUUUCGAAAUUUCAAUAUUAGAAGAUUGGAACGAAUUUUAGCCCAUUUGAUAAGAUUUAGGGUUUAAGACAUGAGUUUGGUUGAUUUCCACCGGUUGCAAAUGCAUAAUACUAUUAUUUGUUAUUCAAAAUUUUUGUAUUGUUUGAAUUUUCA